AUGGAUGGCAUGGUGGAAUCCAACAGGGAGGCGGUGCAGAGCUGCCACAAGGUGCUGGACCUCCUCUCCAACCCCCAUGGCCAGCUCGUCCCCCACAAGGACCUCCUGGAGGCCACGGGCGCCGCCGUCGCCAAGUUCGGCUCCCUAGCUUCCAAGAUCGGCAACGGCAAUGGUGGACGACAAGGCCAUGCUAGGUUCAGACAAAGGAUCAAGAAGCCCAUGCCUCUCUUCGACAGCAACCUCUUCCGGGACAGCCCCGCGUCGGCUGCGGCUGCCGAUGCUGCUGCUGCAGCACCACCCAAGACAUCCAGUCCUGGCCCGAGCACCAGCCUCCAGCUGUUUCCGAGGUACCAGCAGAUGGAGGCCUCCUCCUCCAAGGACCCUGUCAGGAUCCCGGCAGCCCAGUUCCCCCAGAGGAUGGUUGUGGAGAACCCGUCGGUCGGUUCGAACGGCCCGGCUCGCGGGCCGCCGCUCCACCUCGUCCAGCCGGUGUCUGUUGCGCCACCGGCGGGGACGCCGGCACCGGCAUUGCCGGCGGCGCAUCUCCAUUUCAUCCAGCAGCAGCAGAGCUACCAGAGGUUCCAGCUCAUGCAUCAGAUGAAGCUGCAGAGCGAGAUGAUGAAGAGGGGCGGCCAUGGUGAUCAUCAGGGUGGCAGCACUGGUGCUGGCAAGGGUGUCAACCUCAAGUUUGAUGGCUCUAACUGUACGGGGUCAUCCUCCCGUUCCUUCCUGACAUCUCUGAGCAUGGAGGGGAGCAUGGCGAGCUUGGACGGCAGCCGCUCCAGCCGUCCCUUCCAGCUAGUUAGUGGCUCGCAGACGUCGAGCACCCCGGAGAUGGGCCUCAUGCAGCAGAGGAGGAGGUGUGCCGGCAAGGAGGAUGGCAGUGGACGCUGUGCAACUGGGAGCAGGUGUCACUGUGCAAAGAAAAGGAAGCUAAGGAUAAGGAGGUCGAUCAAAGUCCCUGCAAUCAGCAAUAAGGUGGCCGACAUCCCGGCUGAUGAAUUCUCGUGGCGGAAGUACGGCCAGAAGCCAAUAAAGGGAUCCCCGCAUCCUAGGGGUUACUACAAGUGUAGCAGCGUGAGGGGCUGCCCGGCGAGGAAGCAUGUCGAGAGGUGCGUCGACGACCCCGCGAUGUUGAUCGUUACCUACGAGGGCGAUCACAACCACAACCGAGCUGCGGCAGCCCAGCCGCAGCCAGCCUGA